AAUCAAGUUGUUCAUUGUCGGCCAAUGGAACGAAUUCCUAGACCGCUCGCGACUCAGUUCUUCAGCUUUCCGUUUCCUGUAGCCGUGACAAAGGUUGCUGGUAAAGCGAUAGAUGACUUCUUCAACGUGACAGUCGGACUCGUCUAUCCUUUUCAGCUAGGCUUUUCCCUUGAGAAGGAUAAAGUCAAAUGGCUCGAGAUCAUGUUUCAUGAUAAAGGAUGCAAGUUAUACACCUCUGCAAAUGUUGCCCCUGCUAAUAAUCUGAAGCCUACGACUGCUCUCUGGCGCUCAUCCAAGCGUCAAACGAGAUAUAUCUCGGCAUAG